UGCAGUGCUGAUCGUGCGACCUCAAAUCUCUCUCUUUCUAUUUCUCUUUUUUGUCUUUCUGUUUCUCUUCUCCCUCUCUUCUCUCUCUAUCACUUUCUCUGUAGCCUCACCAACAGCUUCCGUUCGCGCCGUUUGGGAAGCUAAGUUAGUUGUUUUCAGGUGAAGUUGGAGGAGUGUGGAGGGAGUAGCGGAGUGGGAAAUGGCUGGGAUUUCUUCGAGUGAGUCUGGAGUUGGAAGGUCUUUGGAGGGAAUUUCAAGCGACCAGCAACAGUGUGAAACUGGGGAAGCAUUGAUUGAAUGGCGGUCUUCUGAGCAGGUGGAAAAUGGAAUACCAUCAACUUCUCCCCCUUACUGGGACACGGAUGAUGACGACGACUGUGGACCGAAACCUCCUGAGUUAUAUGGAAAAUACACAUGGAAGAUAGAUAAAUUUUCACAGAUUAACAAGAGAGAACUUCGUAGUAAUGCAUUUGAAGUCGGUGGCUACAAAUGGUACAUUUUGAUUUACCCUCAAGGUUGUGAUGUCUGUAAUCAUCUCUCUUUGUUUCUCUGUGUGGCUAAUCAUGAGAAGCUUCUUCCAGGAUGGAGUCAUUUCGCACAAUUUACCAUAGCCGUGGUGAAUAAAGAUCCAAAGAAAUCUAAAUAUUCUGAUACAUUGCAUCGAUUUUGGAAGAAAGAGCAUGAUUGGGGAUGGAAGAAAUUUAUGGAGCUAUCUAAAGUGUUAGAUGGGUUUAUUGAUGCUGAUACUCUUAUUAUUAAAGCUCAAGUCCAAGUUAUCAGGGAGAGAGCAGAUCGUCCCUUUCGCUGUCUUGAUUGUCAGUAUAGGAGAGAACUUGUUCGGGUAUAUUUGACAAAUGUGGAGCAAAUUUGUCGGCGUUUUGUCGAAGAGAGAAGAAGCAAGCUCGGGAAAUUGAUAGAAGAUAAAGCUAGAUGGUCAAGCUUUUGUGCUUUCUGGCUAGGCAUUGACCAAGAUGCUAGGCGUAGGAUGUCCAGGGAGAAAACAGAUGCAAUUUUGAGAGUUGUUGUAAAGAACUUCUUCAUAGAAAAGGAAGUCACGUCUACCUUGGUAAUGGAUUCCUUGUACAGUGGACUGAAGGCUCUUGAAGGCCAGACCAAGAGCAAGAAAGGUAGGGGAAAGUCACUGGAUGCAGAAGAAUUGUCAGUUCCUAUUGUUUGCAUAGAGAGAGAGUUGUUUGUUUUGGUGGAUGAUGUAUUAUUACUACUAGAGAGGGCUGCCGUGGAACCCUUGCCUCCAAAGGAUGAUAAGGGUCCACAGAACCGUAUGAAGGAUGGUGGUUCUGGAGAUGACUUCAAUAAGGAUUCCAUUGAGCGUGACGAAAGGCGUCUUACUGAACUAGGUCGCAGGACUAUUGAAAUAUUUUUCCUAUCCCAUAUAUUUAGUAAAAUUGAAGUUGCAUACCAGGAGGCUGUUGCUUUGAGAAGGCAAGAGGAGCUCAUCCGUGAAGAAGAGGCAGCCUGGCUGGCUGAAGCAGAGCUCAAAACAAAACGUGGUGCAGCUGAAAAGGAAAAAAAGUCGAAGAAAAAGCAGGGCAAGCAAAAACGAAAUAAUCGCAAGGUGAAGGAUAAAGGAAGGGAUGACAAGUCAGGUGUUGCAAUCCAAGACAUCCUCCAAGAAGAAAGCCUUGCUGAUGAAAGAAAAGAUUUCACGAUCGAGGAUGCAGAACUCGUGCUUGAAAAUUCUGAUGUGUCUGAUUCAAUAGAUUGUCUUCCUGAAAUGCAGCCUGAUUCAGAAGACAGAGAUACGGACACAUCAGAAGUUCAUCCUCCCACAGAGGCCGGUAGUAGUGUAGUGAGUGGGCUUUCAGCUGGACAAAAUGGAAUUAGAGAAAGAAAUAGUUCGUCUGUAGUGGAUGAUAGUUCAUCGACAUGUUCCACAGACUCGGUUCCAUCAUUGGUAAUGAAUGGGUCUUAUAAAGGGUAUUCACUUCCAAACCACAAAAAACAAAAAUCACCAAGCAGAGGAAGAAAUCAGCGAGGCAAGGCAACUUGCAAUGCGACUGGUUUGGCCAAUGAAGUCCGUAUGCCUCCACCAGAACCUUCAGGAGAUGCAGCACAACCAAAUGAUGCAUCUGAAAGUUGCAAGGCUGAAUCAGAGUCCGAGGUUGUUGUACACUCCUUGCAGGAUCGGAUAAAGAAGCUUGAGCAGCAUGUGGUGAAGAAGGAAGAAGAAGUAGUUUCUCUGCGAAGAGAGCUGAGCAUCAAAGACCAAACUGAUGUGGAAAGACCUCCCAAAGAGAAGGUAACAGAAUUGCCUUCCCCUUCCAGCAGUCCUUCCAAAAAUCCACCAUCCGCUGUUCAGGUGAAGUCAGAAUCAAAGACCGCUGCUGCCCCUGAUCCUGUUUCAGUUAGGAAACCAUCUUCAAACAGCCCCCGACAAGCGGAGAGAGCAGCUCUGCUGAUAAAUUCUUCUGAUUUUAAGACCCCAUCAAAAUCUGAUACACAUAAAGCUGCAGCUCCAAAACUAGCUGAAAAGCCCUCAGUGCAACAAACGCAAGUCAUGUCCCGGCCCUUGAGUGCUCCAAUUAUUCCUGGACCUAGGCCAUCAGCCCCAGUUGUUUCUAUAGUUCAAACAUCACCGCUGCUAGCUCGUUCAGUGAGUGCAACUGGGCGGUUGGGUCCCGACCCUUCACCUUCAACCCAUAGUUAUGCUCCUCCUCAGUCGUAUCGAAAUGCUAUAAUGGGCACUCCUGCUACUGCAAGUUCCACUGGUUUCGCUCAGCCUCAUUCUUCAAGCUCGUCACAGUUGUACACACAACCCCCCAACUUGGUAUCUGCACCUAUGUUCUUACCACAGAGCUCUGAAAGGACUGAACCGAAUUUGGUAAAACCAAGCCUUUCGUUUGGAAUGGUAAAUCACGAUGUGUUUGGAAUGGUUAAUCAUGAUGUUUUGCAGAGCGGAUCCCAAUGGAUGGAGCGACCGGACAGCAGCAGAAGCAUACACUAUGAUCCGUCUUCCCCGCACGAUGACAUUCGCAACCUUGAUUUCUACAAACCUGUACACAGCAGAUCCCAGGAUAACUUCCCUACCGAGUUUUCUGCGUGUACAUCGGGACGUCCGACCCAUGGUCUGUUGACUGAUGACUUUCCACACCUUGACAUAAUCAAUGACCUUCUUGAUGAUGAACACGGAAUCAUAUCGACAGCCGGGGCAAGCACGAGCUUUCAAAGUUUCAGCAACGGGCCUCACCAUCUAAAUCGGCAGUUCACUUUCCCCAGGGAUAUUGGCAUGUCAAAUGACAAAUCAGGCCCCUCAACCAGCUCUUCCAAGUUUGAGAGAACGCGAAGUUACCAAGAUGACGGGUUCCAACGUGGCUAUGGCUAUGUAGGCAGCCACUUUGAUUCGUUACGGGAAUCGUAUCCACGGCCUUAUGUGAACGGACAGAUUCCAAACCAGUGGCAGAUGGCUGGUUCUGAUCUGUCGCUUCUUAGCUUGAGGAACACGGAGGGUGAUGGGUACCCGUAUCAUAUUCCAGACUAUUCGAACUUGGCGUGCAGCGUUAAUGGUUAUACUGUAUUCAGGCCUUCCAAUGGGCAUUGAAAAGAAACUAUGACCAGAGAUUGCCUGCAAAUCAGUUGUGGGGGGGAUAUUAUCAGUUGAAAAAUAAUUUAUUUGGGAAAGUGUUGCUCUUUAGAUUUGAAAGUGAGGUUGUAACCCGUUGGUAACAAAAUAUUUUGUAAAGAAUGGUGCUGCUUUCUUUGUUUUUAUAUAAGUGCCUCUUUUUUUUUUUUAUU